AUGAACGGCUCAGAUGUGACACUCCUACCGACCAAUCUUUCGCUGCCAAAAGCCAAGCCACUUGAGCACGUAGAUCACCGAUCUGAUGAGGAAAUCAUACAGACCAUCCUCAACCCUCCUCCUGUGACUUCUGAAGAGAACAUUUGGGCGUUUUGGGAUAAUGGAUUCGAGACAAUGCCACCAUGGCAGAAACGCAAUGUCAUCGGGUGGGUGAGGAUGCAAGGGCCUCGAUGGACUGUCCGUGUUCUGAGUCUCGUCCAUAACUCGCCCGCCAAUCUUUUUAACUUUGUGGAUGAGGAUCAUGUACCCAAGCAUCUCAGAGACGGAAGAUCGACAGGGAAAUACGCAGGUGCCAACACGUCAGACACCAUCCGUUUGCCAUUGGUCUACAAACAUGGUGGGAUAUGGAUGGACGUCGGGAUUAUUCUGUUGAUGCACCUUGAUCAGAUAUGCUGGAAUGCACUGGAGGACCCAAAAUCUAAGUUUGAGGUGGCUGUGUGCUCGUCCGACCCAACAUUGAAGUCGGGAAUCGCACAGAAUUUCUUCAUCGCUGGGCGCAAGGGGAAUGGGUUCAUCAAGCGUUGGAUGCUUGUUCUUCUCGAGGCUUGGAAGGGACGGAUCAACAACAAGGGCAUUCACGCUCACCCGCUCUUCCUGCAUCAAGUGCGUGAUGGGAACUUGACACAUGUGUUCAGUGGGGCUUCUGGAGAGAAGCUCGAUUACUUUCAAGGCUACCUUGCCUACGACAGAGUCCGGCUGCUGGAGGAUCCAUAUGACGGCUUUAGCGGCCCAAGCUAUUGCAAGAACCGAGUACUACUCAUUGAGUAUAAGGAGUUUUCCUCGGCGGUCAUGGCGACCAACGACAAUGGUCCGAAACAAUUCGAAUUAUUCUCCACAAGUUUUAAUCAAGAUCAGGAUACCGAGCAAUAUGCGGAGGCGUGUAAGUACUUCGAGUACGUCCUCUCGAAUUCUGGCCUGAUAAAGCUAUAUCGACGGAGGGAUAACGAUGUCCCUACACUGGCGGAGCUGUGGGAUAAGCCAGAGAAUCAUGAUGCCGACUGUAGACCGGGGACUUUCGGCGCAUAUUUGCGUUAUUUCAGCGCAAAUUUUACGCAGGAUCGCAAAGUUAAUACGUGCAAAUUUCCCCGGAUCAGGGAAAAAGUACUUGUUGCUGGUCUCCUAGAGACCUUUGAUGAUUGA